CGCUCUUUCCCAGGCCGUAGUGCUGCCGGAACGCUCUGCUCCGGUCCCGCCCGCACCGCUCCGGGCUUUCCGUCCGACCCUCGCUUCCCGCCGGCGCAAGGCCUCGUCCCCGCCCGUAGCCGUGCAGGCGGAGCGGCGCGCCGUUGCCGUUUGUCGCUAUGCGUUUUAGGGCUAAGAUCGUGGAUCUCGCCUGUCUCAACCACUUCAGCCGUGUAAUUAACACGAUCGCGAAAUUAGCCAAGAGCUGCACCCUGCGUCUGACAGCGAGCAAGCUGUACUUCAUCCUGUCCGACAGAGUGGCUAAUGGAGGAGUCAGCAUGUGGUGCGAGCUGUGCCAGGGGAAUUUCUUUGAUGAAUAUCAGAUGGAGGGAGUAGCUGUAGAUCACAAUGAAAUAUAUUUAGAGCUCAUGCCGGAGAACCUGUCAAGAGCAUUAAAAACUGCCCAGAGUGCAAAGGCAGUGAAGAUCAAGUUGACUAACAAACAUUCUCCCUGUCUCAGAGUUGCUGUGGAGCUACCGUCCUUAUCAAGCAGCAGUAGGAUUGUGACACAUGACAUUCCUGUGAGGGUUAUUCCCAGAAGACUAUGGAAUGACUUCAGAGAGCCCAGUGUGCCAGACUUUGAUGUCAGUAUUUACCUACCAGCGCUGAAAACAAUGAAGAGUAUUGUGGAGAGAAUGAAGAAUAUCAGCAAUUACAUUGUAAGUUGAGGCACUUAAGUCUGUGUCUUACAAACCUCUUGGCUGUAACACUUCUUGUUUUCCCUGGUGCCUGAACUGAUGCCUCUGUUAUAUUUUGUUUUUUGGAUGGGAUGGAUUUUGAGUUAAAGGUACCUGAAGAUUGUGUAGGGGCUGAAGAGAAGUGAUGAAGGGAAUGAUGGAAUUUGUUUUAGGACUGGCAGUGAAGAGCUUGUCCAGGACUUCCUAGAACAUCCUCUUUUUUUGCACUGAGUUCCAGAAAGAACAUGAUAUUAUGUUGCUGCAUAAUACAUACAAGUCGGUCUUUACAGACGGAAAGAAAUUGCAGUCUUUCAUGAAGUUUCAU